AUGGCGGCUGAGCUCACCAAGCAACACGGAAAGACCCGGUUCAACGUCGCCGAGCCUGACCUGAAGGCUCUCGCAGAGACUGUCAACACGUUGAGCACGAGCGUGCAGGACGCGCAGAAGCAGGGAUCCCGCGUCGUGGACGAGGAGAUCAGCGAACUGUUGGCAGAACUCAACAUCGAACCCGGAAAGCCGGUCGCGGGGGAAGCGGUGGCCGCGAUUCAAGGGUGGGCUAUCAUCGAGCACGACGAGGAGGUGGUAGAGGCUCUUCGAUUGGACGCGGUGGAAGACAUGACAGCACUGCUGGCUGGAACGAACUUGUCUACCGNCGCAGCGCAUUCCGCUAGGCGGGUGCGCCAGACAGACAUUAGAGGAUUUGUCGCGACGUAGAGUUCAUGGUUGUUUCUUUUUCUUGCGGUUCGCUUCCUGUCGUGUACAUGUAGUUUUUUUUUUUUUCUUGCAACAUCGAAGCAGGUACGCCAGGCAGACACUCCAGGGUCGCGACGUAUGUUUGGGGGGAAGAUACAACUGUAGUGCAGUGGUAUUAUUUUUUGUUUUCUUGCAGUGCGUUUCCUGUCGUGUUUCUUUUUCUGUUUUUGUCUUUUGUAUCUUGCAACAUCGAAGGAGGGGCUCUAGGGCUGAGAUAUAGCUACGUCCACUCUGUACGAAUGGGAGCUUUAC